AAUACCCAUCAAGCUCGCUUCAGCAACUCAGUCCUCAAUUUUCUCUCUCUCUUGAUUUUCCGGGAAAAUCCAUCUAGAUUUUCUUGCCAGCCAAACACGCUAACAUGAAGAAAUCCACCCUCCUCGCAGCCUCCAUCGCCGUCGCCGCCGCCGCCAUCUCAACUUCAUCUUCCUCACAGCCUCCUCUUCAGGUACAAGGCUCCAUUCCCAACCUCGCCGGAAACUCCACCCCAUUCUCAUUGAGAUUCCGUCUCAAACCAUCGGGAUCUGAGACCCGUAUAACGCCGCUCCGUGAAAUCGUCAAGCGCGCUCUGGUUUUGCAAAGACGGGGCCACAGUGGCCCUUCGCCGGCGGAGCGCGCGGCUAUGAAGGAGAAGUUCAAGCCGAGAUACGAUGGGUUGCGGUUCAUUGAAACGCUGGUCACUGCUCACAGAUGAAACCUUUUCAAUUCAUUAUAUUGAUCUUGUAUCUAGAAGUUUGAAGAAAUUAUUAAAGAUUUCAAGUUUUUUUUUUCUUUCUUUGUAAUUUUUUUGUUCUAUAUAAAGAAUUGUGUUUUUUUAUAUUAAUUUGAUUUGGUUUUCUUGGCUGUGAA